AUGCUCCCGCGUGUCUUACCCCGCUCCCUCUCCUCCAUCUACCAUGACAUCCACUCCCCCACUCCCACUGCUUCGUCCUCCUCUCCUCAUCUUGCUUCCACCAUCACGCCAUCCGCGCGGCCAGCAUCGUCUCCCUGCUCCUACCCCUUGCCACCCUGCCCCUCCUCAUCCUCCUCCCAUCCGCCUCCCUCGCUCACUCAACACCAGUCCUCUCACCUCAUCAGCCCCGGGCGAAGCUUCCUCUGCCGAUACUCCUCCAGCCUCCCACAGAGCACUGCGUGUAGCAGAACGCUCCUCCAUCCAUCCUCCCUUCAUCGAUCACUCACCAACCACUCAGACACCACAUUCUAUGGCAGAGCGCCAUCCCUUUGUCGGCCUUUCUCCAACCUUCCAGACAGCACGGUGUAUGGCGGGCCGAAACCGGAGGCGGGGCGGCAGCGGGUGACGCUGCAGCAGGUGGGGAGCAAGUACCGGCGGGGCGAGCCGAUCGUCAUGGUCACGGCCUAUGACUACCCCUCCGCCGUGCAUGUGGACAUGGUGAGUGGUGGGUGGGGUGGGCAUGAAGUCAUGGCGGACAUAGACAUCUGCCUGGUGGACUCAGCACCCAUGGUGCUCCUCCUUCUUUCUAGCCUAUAUCAGACGGAGAUAGACAUCUGCCUGGCUUCUCCUCCCGCUCUCCAAGCCCCUUCACGCUUCUUUGCACAAGCGGACAGAGACACCUGCCUGGUGGGCGACUCAGCAGCCAUGGUGGCGGACAUAGACAUCUGCCUGGUGGGCGAUUCAGCAGCCAUGGUGGUGCAUGGGUAUGACACCACUCUGCCCAUCACGUUGGAAGACAUGCUGCUGCACUGCAGGGCGGUGGCACGGGGAGCCUCUCGGCCGUUGCUUGUUGGUGACCUUCCCUUUGGCACAUACGAGCAGAGCCCACAGCAGGCAGUGAACAGUGCAGUGCGGCUGUUGAAAGAAGGCAACAUGGACGCGGUUAAGAUAGAGGGGGGCAUACCAGCGCGGGUGGCAGCAGCGCAGGCGGUAUCUGAGGCGGGUAUAGCUGUGAUGGGGCAUGUGGGGCUCACUCCACAGGCCAUCAGCUCACUGGGAGGCUUUCGCCCCCAGGGCAGAUCCGCUGCCAGUGCGCUCAAGGUAAGACCUGGGGGAGGUGGUAACUGGGGCUGGGCGGUAUCUGAGGUGGGUAUAGCUGUGAUGGGCCACGUGGGGCUCACUCCACAGGCUAUCAGCUCGCUGGGAGGCUUUCGCCCCAGGGCAGAUCCGCUGCUAGUGCCCUCAAGGUCGUGCAACAUGCACAGGCCCUGCAAGAAGCUGGGUGCUUCGCGGUGGUUCUUGAGUGCAUGCCUGCAGUGGUGGUGGCUGGGAGCGGACGCCCUGCAAGAAGCUGGGUGCUUCGCGGUGGUUCUUGAGUGCAUGCCAGCAGUGGUGGCAGCAGCGGUCACAGCGGCUGUCGACAUUCCCACCAUCGGCAUCGGUGCAGGGCCACUCUGCAGUGGGCAGGUGCUAGUAUACCAUGACCUUCUGGGGAUGAUUCAACAUCCACACCAUGCCAAGGUAAGUGGUGUGACACCCAUGUCUUUCUGA